AUGCCAUUCUCCCUCCGCGGUAAACAUUGCGUCGUGACCGGAGCCACUGGCGCAAUCGGCUUUCGUAUAGCGGCCGCUUUUGCCCAGCGUGGCUCCGUCGUCACCCUCCUCAGCCGUUCUGCACCAGAUGCCCGGCUCAGCCUCGAACACCAGCUUGUUCCGUUUGAGCCGGAGCAGGAUCGCAAAGACAUGGGCGAUGAGUUCCCAGAGAAGCACCGUUUUAUGCGCCUAGAUGCUACCAAGUCUUCCACGUUCAAGGGUUUGUUUGGUUCCUCUGUUGGUCCUGUUGAUGUCCUCGUCAACUGUGCUGGCGUUAGUCAGACUUCAUUUAUCAAGAGGACUUCUGACGAGGAUAUUCAAAAUAUCCUCCACACAAACCUUCAGUCAGCAAUUCUUGCUUCCAAAUACGCCAAGAUGAAUCACCAUGGAUGCAUCAUCAAUGUCUCGAGUCUCAUGGCUAAUAAAAAUGGAGCUGGUGCUUCAGUGUACGCCGCAUCAAAGGCUGGCCUUGUCGCUUUCACCCGUGCUCUAGCUACCGAGUAUAGUCCUCGCUCCAUUCGCGUCAACGCCUUGCUACCUGGUUGGAUAGCUAGUCCAAUGUGGGAUCAUCUAAAACCAGAUAUUCAGCAGCAAUAUCUCAAAGACUGCCCCCUGCGCCGUGUAGGACAGCCCGAUGAAGUGGCGGACGCUGCUGUCUUCCUGGCGACGAAUCGUUUCGCAAACAACUGCGUUCUAAACCUCGAUGGUGGUUUAAGCGCCGUGUAA